GGUGUCUUAAGUUUUUCUUUUUCCUCAAGAUGACACUAUUAUCGUCAGAUCCAAUAAGCAACACAACUGAUUCCAUUGACUCACAAUACUACGACCUUGGCCAUCACUCCCGACGAGUGAGCACAACUUCAGCUGAAGCUCAAUUGUGGUUCAAUCGGGGAUUGCUGUGGGCAUACUCUUUCAAUCUUGGCGAGGCAGAGAAAUGCUUCGAGCACGCUAUCGAAUACGAUCCAGAGUGCGCGAUUUUAUAUUGGGGCCUUGCCUACUCUGUUGGCCCAAAUUACAACAAGGCUUGGAAAUAUUUCGAUACCGAAGACUUCAAAGUUUGUACUAAGAAAGCAAACGAUGCAUUGGGCACUGCAUUGAGGCUUUCCCUUCAAGCCACGCCAAUCGAGAAGGCCUUGAUCGUUGCGCUCACUGCUCGUUUCCUACCAAGUGAAAACAUUCCAGACGAGCUCGGCUUCUUGGAUGCUGGAUAUGCUGAUGCAAUGCGUCUUGUGUACAAAGACUUCCCUCGAGACACAGACAUCGCAGCGUUAUUCGCUGAUGCUUUGAUGUGCAUCACCCCUCGCGGACUCUGGAACCUGGAUACCGGUAAGCCCACUGCCAACCACACGAUAGAGGCCCGUCAAGUAAUUGAGUCGGGUCUGGCACAGAGUGACGGUCACAAUCAUCCUGCCCUUUGCCAUCUUUACAUACACAUGUUGGAGAUGUCCCCUUUCCCAGAGCUGGCGCUCCCAGCUGCGGACAGGCUACGCCGCCUUGUUCCAGACGCUUCACAUAUGUUGCACAUGCCGACACACAUCGAUGCCGCGAUUGGCGACUACCGACGAUCAAUCCUCUCCAACCAGGAAGCAAUAGAUGCUGACGAUCAAUAUUUUGCACACGCCAGCGGUACUGUCCAAUACGUCAUGUAUCGAGUGCAUUACAUUUGUGCAAAGCUUUACGCAGGGAUGAUGUCUGGCCGGUUUACUGACGCCAUGGCCGCGGCAGAGAAGAUCGAAGAAGUUAUCGACGAGAAGCUGCUAUCUAUCACAAGUCCACCAGUGGCAGAUUUUGUGGAGAGCUUUUACGGGAGCAAAGCGCAUGUCCUUAUACGAUUCGGACGCUGGAAUGACAUUCUCAAUUUGGAGCUGCCCAGUAACCGCAUCAUGUACUGUACGACUGUAGCGAAUGUCCUCUACGCUCGCGGACUUGCGUUAAGCGCGCUCGGCCGAGUGUCUGAGGCUGAGGCUGCGCAAAAAGAGUUUGAAGAAGCCCGUCGCGCGGUACCAAAGACACGACUGAACAGCAUUCCGACCAGACAAGUUGAUGUAUUCAGUGUUGCUUCAGCUAUGCUGCAUGGCGAGAUUGAGUACCGCAAAGGUAAUUUCGAUAUUGCCUUUUCUUUGCUUCGGAAAGCUGCAGAGUUGGAAGAUUCUUUGCCCUACGGCGACCCGCCACCAUGGAUGCAGCCGGUACGUCAUGCGCUAGGGGGACUUUUACUAGAGCAGAACCGCGUUGAAGAGGCAGAGGUGGCCUUUAGAGAAGAUCUAGGCUUUUCGAAAGAGUACCCUCGUCGCAGGGCUAAGCUGAACAAUGUGUGGGGACUACACGGGCUACAUGAGUGCUUCAAACGUGCUGGAAAGCUCGAAGAGGCACAGUUCAUUAGAUCACCCUACGAGAUUGCUUUGGCUGUUAGUGAUGUACCAAUCACUGUAUCAUGCUAUUGCUGUCUCUCGGCCGACCAAACUUACGGAUGCUGUUCAUAG